UGCUGUGGGGGCACAAACAGCGCACAGAAUAAAUUGGUUCUAUUAGUAAUAUUAUUUAAGGGCUUUGAUAAUGGCAAAGAGGAAGAUUAUUCCCAUAGCAGAAGCUAUGAAAAAAAUUAUGGAAAGCGACGAAGAGCUGUCCGGAGCAGAAAGUUUUCACACCGAUGAGGAAGGCUAUUUUGAUGACUGGCAGUGUCCGUUUACGGACAGUAGCGACGAUGAUGAUGACAUUACCUAUACGCCGCAAAAAUCACAGAGGAGAGGAACUCCUCCACAUUUGAGAAAACUGGAGAGCCCCAGAAAAUCUGAAAAUCCGAGACCAAAAGUAAAGCGCCCAAGAUCACGCUCCCCACACCCUUCAACACCUGAACAGCCCUGGAAAACGCACACCGAUCCAGAUGUGGGACCCAAGCUCCCCAGAUUUGUCCCCGCCAGGCCCCCGGGAGUGCAACUGGAUAAAUCAAAAGUGUACAGUCCACUUGACUUGUUCCAGCUUUUUUUCAACAAUAAUGUCGUCAGACAGUUAUGUAGCAACACCAAUAAGCAAGCUAGAAAGAGGCUAGCACAAGGGCUUCAGUUCAAAUGGGUUGAUGUUACCCCCCCCGAGUUCCUAAAGUAUAUCUCACUCGUUAUUUUCAUGGGACUCUUAAAGCUGGGAUCAGUAAAAGCCUAUUGGAGACAAAAAAACAUUUUCUCAGUGCCAUUUCCGAGGACGGUGAUGCCAAGGGACAGGUGGCUCUUCAUUUCCUCAAACAUACACAUGAGCGAUCCGGCCGAGGACAGCGUGAAUGACCGCAAGAAGGGCACGCCGGACUAUGACCCGCUGUUCCGUCUCAAGCCUCUGAUGGACGAAAUAAAGGCGGCAUGCAAAUCUUUCUAUCAGCCAAAGAAAAAUCUGUCAAUUGACGAGAGGAUGGUGGCAACAAAGGCAAAAACAGGGAUGACUCAGUAUAUGAAAGACAAGCCAACGAAGUGGGGGUUCAAACUGUUUAUCCUGGCUGACUCUGCAAACGGAUACACGUCUAACUUUAAUGUGUACACAGGGAACGCAAAAUCUCAAACAACCUCCGGACAUUCAUAUGAUGCAGUUGUGGCCCUCCUAGACAAACCAAUUUUGGGAUGUGGCUAUCACAUCUACUGCGAUAACUUUUAUACAAGCCCUAAGCUAUUUCAACACCUGUCUUCUUUGAACUUUGGCGCCUGCGGUACAUAUCGAGAGGGCAGGAAGGAUACUCCGAAAUCCACCGUGAACGCCAUCUCCAAAAAGUCCCAAAGAGGCUCCAUCAGAUGGAUUCGAGACGGUAACCUGCUCUUCGUCAAGUGGAUGGAUGCGAGAGAGGUGUCCAUCUGCUCGACAAUCCAUCAAGCCUACACGUCGGGCGAGGUGACGCGAAGACAAAAGAAAAGAGAUGGAACCUGGGAGUUCAUUAGCAUUCCAGUUCCCACUCCAAUACUGGAAUAUAACAAGAACAUGGGAGGUGUGGACUUGUCUGAUCAGCUCAUCCAGUACACCACCGCUCACCACAAAGUUAUGAGGUGGUACAAGACGAUGUUCUUACACUUUGUGGACAUCGCCGCAUGCAACAGCUACAUUCUCCAUAAAGAACUGUGUGCUGAACAAGAGACCAACCCGCUGACACACAGAGCUUUUAUGGAGGAGCUCUCUGCUCAACUUGCUCGGGUGCCUUUGGAAACCCAGUUUCCUGAGAUUACAAUGGUUGCAAACAAGAAGACGGAGCACAUACCUGUGCCCAUUGCCCCUUUGGACCCGGACAAACCUGAACACAGGCCUGCAGAUGUGAGAAAGUACUGUGAGCACUGCAAGGUGGGCAAAGGCUACAACAAGACCCCCUGGCAGUGUGGGGCAUGCAAGGUGCCCCUCUGCAACUUCUUAGAGAGGCCUUGCUUUGCUCAGUGGCAUAGCUGAGGAAAAAGCUUUAGACUGUUUGCACAAAUGGUGCAUUAUUUUCAUUGUUCUGUGCACAUUUUGUUAAAAAAACAUGAUUAACAUGUUUUAAGUUUAAACACUGGUCAAAAACCACCAGUUCAUGGGGGUAGGUAGUGGGUCACCAAGUAUUCUAUAUGCUAAACCACAACCAAAGACACUAACAUAAAAUACAGGCUGCAUUAUUAUCAUUAUAGUGGUAAUGAAAUGCCACAAAAAAGUAAAUUGCAACGAUCAAUUUUUUCUAAGUACAUGUCUUACUGUUUGCCUUGUGUUUUCUGCUUGACUCGUCCUGCAGAGCAAACAAAGCUGCUAUAUUUUUGUUUUACAUUUUUACACUAACGUGCUUUUUCUUUUAUCCAAGCUGUUUUGACAGCCUGUCCCUCCAAAUAAAAAAAUAUUUUCUCAA